AAGCUCUCGCCGAGUACCAUACGAUACUCGUACUUUUGUGCUCAAAAAAAUCUAGGACAGCCCUGGAGAAGACGAGCGCAGAUACUCCCGUGCUCGACAAACAACAGAAGAAAUACGAAUAUGCGUUCGGCAUCCGUGGGAAAGGCGAGUUUGAUUCUCAACCUAUUAGUCGCGGCAGCACCCUUUUUACACCACUCUUCCACCGGCGCAUCUGCGUGGUCGACGACACAGACACCGGGGAUUUCUUUGCAGAAAGAUUCGAGGAGAACCGCCACGGCCAGGAAAAUGACGGAAUCUUCUGCUGUCAAUGCCGCAGCUAGCAAGCCUAGGCUUCCCAUUCCCGCCCCACUCUAUUCUGAUGUUCCGGGAACCUGGGCUUACGACACGAUGUCUCGUCGGGUCGACGAGGAAAUCCUCCAGCGUACCUUUGACGACAACAAGGGUGCCUGGGAAACAGAGGAAUUCAGUGACAUUCUCGAGCGAUUCAACGCCCUCCGAAAGGAACUACAGAAUGCGGGAGAGACCAAGCUCGGACUCCCGCUUCCGCCCCCGUCGGAUUGCUCCGAAGCUCGUCGAACCGAGUGGGAGGAAUGGAAGCAAAUCAUGGAACCCUUCGUAGCGAAGGGGGACACUUGGCUGACGGCGCCCUGGAUGGUCGCGGAAUUCUACGUCUAUCGUAGGCUGGUUGUCGAUGUCAUUCAAUACUGGGACGAGUACGACCGGAACGAUCCAGAAAAAAAGAACCCGGGGUACCUGUACGAUCCAUUCAUCGACCAAAAGCACGCCGGAUUGGAAUCUUCCGUCGCCUCGGCCGAAGGGGUUCUGGCAAAGAUCAACAAUCUAGGAGGGAACGGCAGCAGCAUCGAUCAGGGCGGGAGACUCGCCGCGAGCAUUGCUUUAUGGGGCAACAAGAUGGAUCUCUCGCUGUGGCCUGCCGACGCGAAGACGGCUUCCAAGGAUAUUUUCUCCGCCAUUCUCGACAAGGCUACCGAGGGGCUCUUGCACGACGACUCUUCCCUCCUUGUGGAACACUUUGAAAAACUCAAGGCUAGUGGUGGGGGGAACAUCGACAUCAUAGUCGACAAUGCCGGCUUUGAGCUGAUCACCGAUCUGGUCCUCGCCCAGUACCUAACAGAGAGCGGGAUUGCCAAGUGCGUGACCUUCCAAUUGAAAUCGCACCCGACCUUUGUCUCGGAUGCCCUAGAAAAAGACCUCCUGGAACACGUGAACCAUCUUGCGGAUUUUGACGACGAAGCAAAGGCCUACCCGAACGUAAAGAUUUCGGGAGCCAAGUGGCAAGAAUACCUGAACGACGGACGAUGGAAGUGUACCGAGAACAACUUCUGGGUCCAGGGAUUUCCCAUGUGGGAAAUGACGGAACCCCUCCGGAGCGAUCUCCGCGAUCGAUGCGAUCUAGCCUUUGUCAAGGGGGACGCCAAUUAUCGACGAUUGCUCGGCGAUUGCCAGUGGGAUUAUUCGACUGAUAGCUUUCAGGAUGUGGUGGGCCACUACUUUCCCUGCCCCGUGUGUGCCCUUCGGACUCUCAAGGCGGAGAUUGGGUGCGGGAUGGAGGCCAACCAGGUGGAUCGCGCCAGCAAACUCGACCCCAACUGGCAAACUAACGGGCGCUUUGGUGUCCUCCAAUUCGGGACCGGUGAGAGCCAAUGAGAAGUUUUCGGUUUAGCAUACGAUGCGGUGGAUCUCAAUUCAAUCAGUUGAUAUUGGUAGAAGGCUUGCUGCGCAGAGAAUAGCGUAGCCG